AUGUCGGAACUUGUUCUUCCUCGCCCUGGCGCAAAUGUUUCUAACGAAAAGCCAAUUUCUGGACCCUCAGAGGCGGAGUUUGUAAAGACUUUCGGAGCAUUGCUGCCGUCGGCGAAGUUUCUGGAAACCCCUCAUGGUAAGGCGGCGUACUAUCAGAUACUUCCUUCAGAGAUAAAGGGACCGAUUGAUCGUGUUUUGUUCAUCCAUGGCGUUCAGACUCCUGCGAUAGGCAUGCUGCCUCUUGUGCGCGCUCUCGAAAAAUCUUUCCCACAUGCACAUGUGGUCCUGGUCGAUCUCUGGGGACAUGGCUUGAGCGACACUCCCAUCCUGCCUCAUGAGCCGGCCUUAUUUCAUCAAUUGAUCGAUGGCUUGUUGGAUCAUCUGAAAUGGCCUUCUGCACAUCUCGUUGGCUUCUCCUUCGGAGGAGCUACCACGGCUAGCUACGUCGCCAAGAGACAAGAAAGAGUCAAGAGCUUUACCCUCGUCGCCCCAGCAGGCCUUCUCAGCGCAGAAGCAAUCUUUCCACCCGAACACAUGCGCGGCGACGAUGAAGUAGCAUCGCAAAAAUGGAUCCUGAACUUCCUCGAAGGCGGCGAUCUCAUCGUCCCUUCCAACUGGAAAGAAAGAGUCUCAAACGGCGAAAUUGUGGCAGAAGCAGUACGAGACUGGCAAAUGCGUAACCAUCCCGGCCAUGUCGCUUCAGUCGUUGGGAUCUUCCGAGAUGGCGGGGUGAUGGAUUCUCAUUCCCAGUUUGCUCAGGCUGGCAAGGCUGGUGUGCCGAAUCUUGCUGUUUUGGGUGAGAUGGAUGAUUUGGUUAGUAAGGAGCAACUUGAAGAGUAUGGGUUUGAGAAUGUUUUUGUUGUUAAUGAAGCGGGUCAUGGGGUUGUUCGAGAUAGAGCGGAGGAAGUUGCUGGGCUUAUUACGAAGUUCUGGAAUGGACUUGAUGGUUGA